AGACAACGUCGGAUUUGUCGACUUGGAAGACCACCGCGUUUACACCGAAUCUUGCACUGAGAUUGAAAUCGGCGGAAAAUCAAAGGACAAAAUCACCCAUCGAGUGUUGAAAGUUGUGGUGAAGGCGACCGGCCAGGAAUCUAAACUAAACCACUAUCAAUGGGCUUCUUGGCCGGACCAUGGGAUGCCCGAUUCGUGUGACACGGCGCAUCGUCUCUUGUCGGCUGUCAAGAAGGAUAAGAAGCCCGUAAUUGCUCACUGCUCGGCUGGCGUUGGACGCACCGGGACUUUGGUGUUGAUCGAGUCGAUGAUUGCCGCACUCCGGCAUCCGAGAAAGCAGAAUGUGAAGGAUUCAUUCGUCUUGUUGAGAAAAGACCGCGCAAGAAGUGUUCGGGUAAUUAUUUAUAAAUUGAAAUAA